AUGAUCAUCAGCCUGCUCCACGAAGAUGGCGACGCUGGCACCGCCAGGCCAGCGUCCCUCGCGCGCUGGCGGUGCCUUCGGACGUGCGCUCUUGCGACUGGACGGGCUGCGAAUGAGUGCUGGAGGACGAGGGCGCUCAGUGCUCGCAGACGGCCCUACCAACUGACCAAGCUGUCCAGUCUCAGCGUCGUGGGGGUGGGUGGUCAUAUCUGGCUGCGCAUGGCGUUAUCGCGACCGCACCCAGCACAGCGGUACGCCAAGGGGGCUGCGCAGCAACAGGCGGGAGACGCAGAGGAUUCGCGCACGCAGAGAUUCCAGCGCCAACAGCAGACACCUCAUCUGCCCCUCCUCACCAACCACGCCGACGGACGCAGCAGGGCCAAAUUGGCAGGGUGGCGAGUGGGUCUCGUGUGCGCUGCUCCCCUCCUGUCAUGGCGCGAACUGCUCUCGAGCGGCGGCGGUACCCCAGACGCGGCGACUCGAUCAAUUUCGAGGGGACCUGUGACAGCCUCGAGAAGCGUGCGGCGACGACAACGCGCUGCGGGGAAGGCGAGCGAGCGGCCGCGUUUUGGCCUCGACGUACUGUACGUACUGUUCCUAUCGCCAUGCCGCCUUGCGCGAGGGAGGGCGUCGAGGGAGGCAGUGGACGGGACCUCAGGCGCUGGGCGCGGCGGUGGAGCCAAGCGCGGGGCUAAAGAGCUUGGGCUUUUGGAAGGCGACUAG